AGAGCAGGACAGAUCUGGCGAGGGGCACCAGAAGAUCGUCCGAGUGCCUUCGCCCGUUUAAACAGUGCACCGCUGGACGCCAUACUCAGCACGCGUAGUUCCUUUAGUCCGGUGCGAGCCAUGCUCCUCGGCCUCUAAAUCCUCGCGUUUUGGUCCCCGAGCAGGCCCCCGCGCGAGCAGUGCCAGGACACCCAGUCCCCGGGUCGCAGGGAUGUUCGACGAUCGGUAGCCGAGGAUCUCCGUAAAGGGACAAGUGCCAGGCAGAUAUGACGUCCGAGCGGUUUCACAAAGCUGCACGCGACGGCGCCUUGGACAUCUUAAAAGAAGCUACGAAAAAGGAUUGUAACGCACGAGAUGACGGAGGAAUGACCCCCACAUUAUGGGCAGCCUUUGAAGGUCAUAUAGAUGUGCUGAGACUGCUCGUCGCCAAAGGGGGUGACCCCGACAAAACUGACUACUUCGGUAACACAGCCCUUCACCUAGCAGCAGCGAGGGGCCACGAGUAUUGCGUGAAGUUCCUCGCGAAAUUCGGUUGUAACAUUUGGUCCCUAGACAUCGAUAGACAUUCUGCCAGAGACUUAGCUGCCAUAAACGGGAGGGAGAUGAUCCUUCAAUUUCUAGAUUUGGCGCAGGCUGAUCAAGAACUGAACAAUCGCAAGAAAAGUCGAAUACUUCGGGAGAAGGCUGAGAAAGAUGCUGAGAAAAGGUUAAAAGAAUACAUAAAGAGGCAGAAAAUGGCGGAAAUUAGAGCCGAAAAGGAGCAAAAGAAAUUGUCGAAAGACCGAACGAAAUUGGAUUUAGCUACAGUGAAUGAAACUGGUAUUCUACCUUACAAGCCCAGUAUAUUGACCUUCAAAGGUCGCGUGAAGCCUUCACCAACGUUCAGCGACAUCGUCGGCACUACCGCCAAGAAACAUGGCAGUGCAGUAUGUAGAAAAGCUUUAGCAAGAAAGGCUGUCGACGAUUUUAAAGUUGUAGAGAUCGAGGUGAACGGAAAAAAGUCAAUUCGUAGUCUUACCGGCCUCAGAAGGGACUCGGAGGUAAUGUACGUAGGAACUUAUGAAACGCAAGCCCAGCAAAUGGGGAGAAGAGGGAAAAUCUCGGAUGUCUGGGGUACGUUGAGUAAAGCGCAAAGCACGCCCGACCUUUUAGGCGACCGUACUUUUGACGAAGACAUAGACCAGGAAGAUGAGGAGGAAAUAAAUGACAUCAGAGAUACGGCCUUCUUGCAAGAACCUGCAAGCAUCUUCAAUCGACCCGGUUUUGGAUCAGUCGCAUUUAGAAGAGCAAUAACAACUACAUUCGAGAACCUGCCUGUCACGCAAAUGGAUUCGCAUCAGCAAAACGGUAACUCGUGCCUGAAUGGUUCUGUAAACGGAUCCAUAAAUGGCCACAGAGCUAGCUCUAAUGGGCAUAACGAGGAGAUCAGCAUAGGAAGUGCAGGCAGCUUGGCUCGCAGGCAAAGCAUGUGGGACGACGAUUUACUUUCAGAAGAAGAAGAAGAGGAGGACGAGGAGGAAACUGACGAAGAAUGGACACCGUUACAGAGAUUCUUAGUUGCCAAUAAUCUGUCGUCCACGCAUCCGGUUUUAGAAUCGGAACAAAUCGAUCUGGAAGCGUUGAUGUUGCUCACCGAGGCCGACAUCGCGGCCCUCAAACUACCGCUCGGCCCUAAAAGGAAAUUGAUGAACGCGAUCGCGAACCGGAAGAAGGCAUUGAACGCCCCCGAGAACGUCAUCAAGGACAGCAGACUGUGAAGCUUUUUUACGUUCUUUCGUAAAGUAUUCUUAUCUUGCCCAAUAAGCUCUCAAGUGCCUAAUGAAACAGCAUAAAAGUAUGUUUUGAUAUAAAAAUACGUAUUGUACAUAAAUAUUCAAGAAAGAGCUACACGAGCGUUCGUACUGGCGUUAUAGUAACAGUGAUAAAGAGGAUUGGUUCCGCGUGGCCUAAGAUGCAUGGCGAGAAUUCCUGUGUACAAAGGAAUCGAUUGGCUUCCGAUUGCUAUUCGAUCAGCGAGUACGUAUAACGUAGAGCCACUAUUCGGCAUAUGUUUUCGGAAUUAUGAAAUUGUCCGGAAAGGCUCGAAUAAUCGUCGCCAUAAAGAUACGGCAAAUGGUGAGGACGUUGUAGUAUUAAAUAAUAACCAGGCUAUUGUGUAAAGCCGCGAUUAGCCUUAUCUCUGGUACUACGUAUGGUGCCUUAAUCUAGUAGAACGUACUUGCCGUUGAACUUAUGAAUGUAAAUGAAAGUGUAAAUGUCAAGGGAAGAGAAAUGUACGCCUGCGAAACCUUUGAGUAAAGGAGAACAAAAGAGAAAAAAAUUGUAAUUCAACUUUGGUGUCGUUCGUUCAUUGUGUAAACGAAAGAAUUUUCAUACGAAUUGUACAAAUCGAAUGCAAAGGAAAUAAAAAUCGUGUAAAUACGGUAAUCUUGUAUAAAAGAGA